GUACUGUACUUUUUUAUAUGAGAAAUUUGGGAAAGCAAAGGAAGUAGUUAGUAGUAUAUAGUUAAUGUAGUUUUCAGGUGGGGGGAGAAAACAGCACAAAAAUACAUCUUAGCAUCAAACCAAGAGCCAAAACUAAGCAAAUGUUUGUAUCAAAUCAGUAUGCUUGCAAAUGGAUCCAUCUUUUUCAAGUCAUUCAUUAACCAAAGCAAAAGGUAACUCCAGUCUAGACGGUGGUAUAGUGUAUUAAGGUAGCAUAGAGGUUUUCAAAUAUUCAGUGUAAAGCUUCUGGAGCACGAGAUUCGAAGAGGAUGAUAAGCUUCUCCCAGAAAGGUGUCCGUGGAAAAGAAGGUCAAUCUUUCACUCCUUUGUUUGUGAAUUGUUCAUCUAUGUGGAGCUCGGGUGAACCACCAGAAAAUGCUCCUUGUAAGAGUGUCCUUAAUGGAGCGGAAUCUGCAUCGAAAUGUCACUCCAAUAUCAAGCAAACAGAAUCCCAAUAUCAAGAUCAGGAUUCAACUUCUACUCUGUCAACUGGUCAAUCUGAUCAUGUGGAGACCGCAAUGGCAAAAAGCAAUACUGUUCUGCAAAAUGUUGCGCUUCAUCCAGGUUGGGAUGGAGUUUAUGAGGUGCAAGGAGAGAGUGGAACAAAAGCAUUCCUAUCAGGCAAAAGUGCCACCAACACUCUUCCUCAACCACAUGUGCACCAUAAUCAUCCAAUGGCUUGCGCAUCCUACCCUUGGGCUGACACUUACUUUGGAAGGCUCGUGGCUACUUAUGGAUCAAAUGCCAUCAUUUAUCCUCAAAUGGUUGGUGUCACCUCCACAAGAGUUGCACUUCCUCUUGAAUGCACAGAGAGCUUGCCCAUUUACGUGAAUGCGAAACAAUACAGUGCUAUCCUCAAAAGACGUCAAGUCCGUGCCAAGCUGGAGGCUCAGAAUAAGCUUGUCAAAGACAGAAAGCCAUAUCUUCAUGAGUCUCGACAUCGUCACGCAAUGAAGAGAGCUAGAGGUACUGGAGGGCGCUUUUUGAACACAAAGAAUAUGCAGCAAUCUAAGCCUUCAUCUCCAACGCACGACAAAAGCAUCUUUAAGGGAACGGCAGGUGGCAACUUAACUAGAUCCAUGGUUCAGCACUCAGAGAGUGGUAGUUGGGGCACUUCCACCCAAUCUGGUUCUGAUGUUACGAGCAUCUUCAGUGGUGAUGAAAUGUUCCAGCAGCCAGAGUUCAGAGUCUCUGGUUUCCCUUUUCACAUGCAGGAAGCUGCAGACUUCAUGCAUGUUGGAACUUGACAACACGUUGUGUUAUCCAUGAUGUCGGUGCCAACACAGGCUGCAUUACAAAAUGCAUUCUUCUUGGUUGCACUCAGAUGGAUAAUCGGCAGUUCAUCCUUGGCUAUGUUACUCUUUCCUUUUCAAGAACUAAAACCGUUAACAUCACUUUUUCCUAGGGUUUGGUCGUCGGUAUGGUAUACAGUUCAUGGUUUGUGAUGAAUAGAUCGCAGGUUGGUUCUGCACGUCAUCAAGAAGGACAAUGAGAGGAGAAGUCAAACCAUUAGACUGUUCUUAAUCAGAAACUGUGGAGAUUAAGGCAGUCUUCUCCUUUUCUUGGUGGCGCGGCGUGUAGAUCAUGCUGCACUUCUAAGUCUAUACUUGCUACUGUUAUUUGUGUUACUGUUUUUCAUUUCCUGUUGCUUUGUAUUGCUCUCAUUGUUAGUACUUUUAACUUGGGUUUUGUGUGCAACAAGAUAAACUUAUUGAACCAUUUCAUGCUUUGUACAUUUACUUCUGUGCUUGUGCAACAUGCAAUAUCUUCGUGAGGGGUGAUAA